AGCUGACCCAGGAAUGUACUUGUUACAAAACAUUACUAAUAAGCCUGCUGUGGUGUUGUGUUAAAGCAGGGACGGAAGAGCGUGUUUGUGAAGAUCAUAACCUUCUUUACGUGAAUGUAGCCACUGAAAUAUGUUAACAGAUGGAUCCUGCUACGACCGCAGCUCCUCUACAGGCAGAUUGUGAGACAGAGACCAGUUCAGUCUGGAGCUGGUGGCCUUCCUGGCGUCCAACCUCCAUGUCUCUUCUAAAGACUACAGAGUCCAAGAUUCUUGCUUGUAUUCAGAAUGACCUCUGGGCUAGAUUUGUGACCCUGCCAAACCAGGACCGAAUAUGGACUUUGACCGUUUCCAGCAAAGCAGCGCAGAAACCUGCACAGCUGGCCACAAAGACGCCCCUUGUGAUGGUUCAUGGUUUUGGAGGAGGUGUGGGCCUGUGGAUUAGGAACCUGGAGCCGCUGAGUCGGUCCCGGCCCGUUUACGCCUUUGACCUCCUCGGCUUUGGAAGGAGCUCCAGACCUUCUUUCCCCUCAGACGCCGCCAAAGCAGAGGAGCAGUUUGUGGACUCCAUCGAGCAGUGGAGGCAGUCUGUCGGCCUGGAGAACAUGAUUCUGCUGGGACACAGUCUGGGGGGUUACCUGGCUACCUCCUACGCCAUCCAGUAUCCUUCAAGAGUGUCACAUCUCAUUCUGGUCGACCCCUGGGGUUUCCCCGAUCGACCAAAGACUAGCGGUGAGAAUCAGGACACAGACGUGGUGAAGAGGCCGCCCCUUCCACGCUGGGUUAAAGCUAUCGCAGCAGUAGUCUCCCUCUUUAACCCCCUGGCUGUCAUCAGAGCAGCCGGCCCAUGGGGUCCAGGUUUGGUGAACAGAUUCCGUCCUGAUUUCAAAAGAAGAUUUGAUGAUCUGUUUGAUGACGACACCAUGACGCAGUAUAUUUACCACUGUAACGCACAAUCACCCAGUGGUGAGGUGGGUUUCCGGGCCAUGGCUGAGUCUCUGGGCUGGGCAAAGAGGCCCAUGCUGCAGAGGGUUAACCUGCUGCCCCCCUCCAUGCCCCUCACCAUGCUGUACGGGGCUCGAUCCUGGGUGGACAGCUCGUCUGGGGACAUGGUGGCAGAGAUCAGAGAAAAGUCCUACACCAAAGUGCAGCUGAUAAAUGACGCCUCUCACCACGUGUAUGCCGAUCAACCAGAGACAUUCAACAGAGUGGUUGAAAAUAUAUGCAACUCUGUAAACUGACUGUGUGCGUGAGUGUGAGUGUGUGAGUGUGUGUGUAUGAGUGUGUGUAAGGAUGGAGAGUAUGCAGACAACUCGUGUUGUUUUUAGCACUGUAACCUUUGCAUGUGACGCAUGCUGGCUGAAUCUGCGUCAGGGCCAGUCUAAACAUCAUGUGUGUGAUUGUAAUGUUAAUCUGAAUCGCAUUAUCAUUCAAAGUGAUCUUUUUAUUUAUUAGUAAGAUUCAUUCAGUCAAGUCUUUGAGUAAAAGAUUUAUUUUAUAUGUAUGAUUAUCUCCCCACUGUCAUAUUUCUGCAGUGAAACUCGCACAUCACUCUUGAUGCACUGAGCUUUUGUGUUACAGAGCAGCCUCACUGCGACUGACUGACACUUUAUACACGUGCCUGACAGAAAGCAUUAAGUACUGUAAGAGAUUGUUUUUCUUUGAGCCUUGUUUCUAUCUUCCAUCUGUCCCAGUGUAUCAAACAGCUCUUUGUAUUUUAUACAUUAAAACAAUAAAAGCUGAUUUAACAGAA